CCAAGGUGCACAGAUUUUCAAACACUGUUAGCAUUUGGCAUAGUCCUCCGAGGCUCAGAAUAUCGCAAGCAAUUUCUUGACUACCCAACUUGAGGAUAAGUCCCUCAGGCUUGGCGUGACAAACCGUCACUGCCCUAAGCGCGGCGUCACGCUGCGCGCUUUGUUUCCUCCAGUGCUGGCACAGGCUUGCCGUACCCCGCCUUCCCCUCCUCCCCACCACCCUCAACGGUUCCCCUCUCUCACCCUCGGUUGAUCCCUUUUCUUGCAUCUCAAUCAUGGCACCGAAAGGGUGGUUCAAUCUCGAGACGGCUGGCAGUGCCAUCCCGGAAACGCAGUUCUUCGAGGGCGACUCGGCGUUCAAGUUCCUCGGGCUCUCGCGCACGACGCGCUUGUAUGGUUUUGCGGGGUGCUUAAUCGCGGGAUUCGUGUUGAGUCUGAUUGGGAGCAUCUUGCUGUUCUUGCCGGGGCAGUUGGGGUCGUUUGCUGCACUCUACGUUCUGGGAACGAUCAUCUCAUUAGUUGGAACUGGUUUCUUGAUCGGGUUCUUGAAGCAGCUCAAGCUUAUGUUCAAACCUGUACGCGUACUCGCCAGCAUCGUCUUCCUCGCAUCCAUCGCCCUCGUCCUCAUUGCCGCAUUUGUCCUCAACAGCGAUAUCCUAGCCAUCAUCUUUGUCAUCGUCGAGUACCUCGCAUACACCUGGUACACCCUGUCGUACAUCCCGUACGCACGGAGUGCCAUCUUGAAGGUGAUUGGCAUGGGUGGCUGAUAAGCUCCUCUAUGCGCGUUUGCUUGGGCAUCUCUGGACUGGGUUACGACGACGACGAGACUCAUACAUAUAUUGCUUGUCUGGUAAUAAUAAGUACAUUGUUGUGGCAUUUACGCAAUGACGACGCUUUACAGGGAUC